UAUUUUUAUCCUUUGAAUCCUCGAUCCUCCUCCAUUCCUCCAGUCCUCAGCCCUGCCGCCCGCCUUCCUCCUCCUCCUCUCUGUGGCCCUGUCAGCUAUCGCAGACUCGCAGCGACGCACGUCAAGCAGCGCUCCAGACUUGCAGUUGCAGAGUUGAGAAACAAGCAAAGGUACCAAACAUGGAUUCAUCCUCACUGCUAUACAGCCAGCUCAAGGCGGCGGAGCCCUUCUUCUUACUCGCUGGUCCCAAUGUGAUUGAAUCUGAGGAUCAUAUUCUUUACAUGGCCAAGCACUUGAAGGCCCUGACUUCCAAACUUGGGCUAAAAUUUGUAUUCAAGUCAAGCUUUGACAAAGCUAAUCGCACUUCCUCCAAAUCAUUCCGUGGUCCUGGCAUGUAUGAAGGUUUGAAGAUCCUUGAAAGGGUGAAAACAAUUUAUGAUGUACCCGUGGUGACUGAUGUUCAUGAAAGCAUUCAGUGUGAAGCAGUGGGGAGGGUUGCUGAUAUAAUUCAAAUUCCUGCUUUCUUAUGCCGGCAGACAGACCUCCUUGUUGCAGCUGCCAAGACUGGCAAAAUAAUCAAUAUCAAGAAAGGGCAGUUUUGUGCACCAUCUGUCAUGUUAAAUUCUGCUGAAAAGGUCAGAUUGGCUGGAAAUGACAAUGUAAUGGUAUGCGAGAGAGGCACCAUGUUUGGCUAUAAUGACUUGAUAGUUGAUCCACGGAACUUAGAAUGGAUGAGGGAAGCAAAUUGUCCAGUGGUGGCUGAUAUAACACAUUCUUUGCAACAACCUGCUGGAAAGAAGUUGGAUGGGGGAGGUGUUGCUAGUGGCGGUCUUCGUGAAUUGAUUCCUUGCAUUGCCAGGACAGCCGUUGCUGUAGGAGUGGAUGGGCUUUUUAUGGAGGUGCAUAAUGAUCCUUUAAAUGCUCCAGUAGAUGGUCCUACACAGUGGCCUCUUCGCCAUCUGGAAGAACUGCUGGAAGAGCUAAUCGCAAUCAGUGGGGUUAGCAAAGGGAAGAAACCAUUCAAACUUGAUCUCACCCCAUUCCGUGUUUAAAUUUCGGGAUUGUGAGAAGAAUCCACAUGCGAAAAUAUACGGAAUAUACGUCCAUUGGUGGUAUAAUGCAUACUGCUGCUGCAAGGGAAAUAGCUGCAAGAUUUUGAUUGUCUGAACAAUUUAAUUUAACUAGUAUUGUACCCGUGCAAUGCACGGGACAAUAAUAUGUUUGUAUUUUUUGCGUGAUUAUUUUAAAGUAAUUAUAAAGAUAUGCUUUAAUGUUAAAAAAAUACUCCCUAUAUUAUGAUGUAUAAAUAUUGCGAUAAAAUAGUACUCCGUAUGGGAUCGGGGUUGAAUUUAAAAAAGAAAGAAAAACAUUCACCAAAAUGACCAAAUGCUGGA